UAUGAGUAAACCUUCAUCAUACAAACUAGAAGAAAAUUUUUUAUCCUCAAAAUCAUGACAACAUCUCAAACUCCUCUCAAAUAUUUACAAGAGGAUGACUUAAGUGAAGAGUGUAAAAAAUUGGUCUCUAAUCUAUCCAAAGAAAAAGGAUGGAUUGCAUCAUAUUACUACAAUUAUCAAGGUUUUUGGCUAGCACCAAGAGCAAUCCAAGGUGUGAUUGCAUGUCAACAACAAUUUCAAGCUCAAGAUAGUGAUAUCAUCCUUGUUACAACUCCUAAGGCAAGAACUACUUGGUUAAAAUCACUUUUAUUUGUUCUGGUAAAUCGAAAAAAGCAUCCUAUUUUUAACCAAAAUCACCCUUUAUUUGUCAAAACCCCUCAUGAUCUUGUUCCAUUCUUGGAACGUGACCUCUAUCGUAAUGGUCAAGUCUCUGAUUUUUCAUCAUUCACUUCACCUAGACUCUUUUCAACUCAUUUGCCCUAUGCUUCGUUGCCAAAAUCUGUCCAAGAUUCAAGAACCAAACUUGUUUACUUAUGUAGGAAUCCUAGAGACACUUUUAUUUCUAUGUGGCAUUUUGCAAACACUGUAAAACAUAAUCACACAGAUACCAAUUCCAUUGAAGAAGUGUUUGAUCUUUUUUGCAAGGGUGUGACCGUUUAUGGUCCCUUUUGGAAUCACGUGUUCGAUUCUUGGAAACAAAGCAUAGAAAAACCUAACAAAGUACUUUUCUUGAUGUAUGAAGAAAUUAAAGCGCAACCCAAAAUUCAGCUUAAACGCUUGUCUGAAUUCUUAGAAUGUCCAUUUUCAGUAGAGGAAGAAAAUAGUGGAGUGAUGGAUGAAAUAUUAAGAAUGUGUAGCUUUGAGAAUUUGACCAAUUUGGAGGUAAAUACAAAUGGAAAAUCGUCAUUAUCUGGAACGGAAAAUAAAAUUUUCUUUCGUAAAGGAGAAGUUGGAGAUUGGAAGAAUUAUUUUACUACAGAGAUGAUCGAGAAACUCAACCAUGUUAUCGAACAAAAGCUUCAAGGAUCCGGAUUAAGGUUUUUGUACAUUUGAUUAGACAUUAUUAGUAUAUAUGCCAAGUGAAUGCAAUUAUUUAUUUUGAAAGUCGAUGUUGAAGUAGCUGUAUUUGAGAUUAAUGCAAAGAUUAGAACAAAAUAGUAGUAUUGAUUUACUUUUUCGUAUUUUUCUUUCCUUUUGUAUUGUAUAAUCGGACUGAACAUUAUUUCUUUA